UAAAGGCACCAGAAGAUUAUUUUUGCCAACAGCAACGCUAGGAGAGAAUGUGCCGGAGGUCUGCUGAUUGAUGGAGUGUUUCAUCAACCCAGAACAAAAUUCUGUAGGGCAUUAGACAAAGACCUGUAAGGAGAGAGUACCUUAAGUGAUGAAAUGUCAACAUGGGCCCAACCCGUUCCACUGGGGUGGCUGAAUAGAGAUGCUAUCUGCUGACACGGGAACUGUAGCUCUCAAUCUCGUUCUCUCUCAGUCUUUGGGCUUGGGGCAAAGGCCACAGCAGCCAUGGCCCACCACAAUGUGAGCUUCUUGCCCGAGAAUUCCUCACAACGUCCGGAUCCCAAGGACGAAGCCACGAGCCAGGAGCCCAGCACCCUUGAAUGUGUCAUCUGCUUUACCACCUUUGACCGGCUCUUCAAACUGCCCAAGGAACUGAGUUGUGGCCAUAUCUUCUGCCUCGAGUGCUUGGCGCGGAUCAACGUCUCUUCCGAGGACGUCAACGCCCUCACCUGCCCGAUCUGCCGAGCUCCCACCGCCUUGCCGUCCCGCAAAGGGCUGACGGGCCUUCCCACCCGCCGCGACCUCUUAGACCAGCUCCGCUCCACCCCUGCUCCGCCAGGCUCUGUGCGCUUUGACCGCCGCCGGGGCCUGCUGUACUUACCUGGUGGGAAUCGGGGCCAUGCGCAAGCUGGCUCCAAGCCAGGAGCCCCUCUCAACACGGUCAGCUUGAGUGUCGAUGUCGGGCGGCCUCCUCCCCAUGGAGCACGCCGGAUUCUGGGCUUCACCGGCUGGCCGUUCUAUGUGGCCCUGACGGUCGCUUUGCUGGUUACGAUUGGUUUAAUUAUCUGUGGCAUUUAUAUCUUUUUGAUGCCCUCCAUGUACACACUUACGGGGGCAGGGCCUCCCCCGAGAAACCAGAGUUUUGGGCUUCCUGUGAAUCAUUCCCAUACAGUGUCUUUACCCACAAACUGAAAAACAGGAAGAGGAGAGAGACCUGCCUUUCCAUUAUGUUUUGCCCUUCCAUCUUCCUGUGCCAGUUGGAAGCCCCGACUGGACAGAGAUGGGUCUGCCUCCUUCAGCCACAGAGUUUCGGGGAGCGUGGGGAGAGAGAGAGUGGGAGUGUGUGUGCAUGUGUGGAGAAUUGAGUCUGCUUCCACCUCAGAUCGAUCU